AAAAUGAAUGAUAAUAAAUUUUUAUCAACUUUAUCAAAAAAUUUACUUAAAAAUUUGAAUGAUGAUAAAUUUUAUGAUAUUAUAAUUGAAGUUGGAAGUGACCCUUACGUAAAAUUUUUUCAUGCCCAUAUGGUCAUUUUAAAUUGUCGUUCCACUUAUUUUCAAAAUAUUUUAUUAACAAAUGAAAAGAAAAAUCCUGAAACUUUGGUAAAAAUUAAUUUACCAAAUAUUUUACCAGAAAUUUUUCAAAUAGUUUUAAGGUAUAUUUAUGGAGGAAUAUUUCCUUUGGAAGGAUAUGAUGCAUCAGAAAUUAUCAAUAUUUUGAAAGUUGCUAGUGAACUUAAUCUUGAAGAGUUGAUUAAUUAUUUACAAUAUUAUUUAAUCGAAAAUGAAAAAAAUUGGAUGGAACAAAAUUUUAAUAUCGUAUAUCAAACUAGUUUUGAAUAUGAUUGUUUAUUAAACCUUCAAACCUUUUGUACAAAUUUAGCGUCUAACGAACCAGAAAAAAUAUUUAAUUCAUUAAAUUUCUUUUCAAUUCCAGAAAAACUUUUGGUCUCAAUUAUUCAAAAUAAUAAUCUUCAAAUGAAUGAAAUUCAAGUAUGGGAACAUUUACUUAGAUGGGGAUUUGCUCAAAAUCCAGAACUUUCCUCUGAUCCUUUAGAUUUAUCAAAAGACGAAUUUGAUAUAUUAAAGAAUACCUUACAGGAGUGUAUUCCUUUUAUUAGAUUCCAUAAUUUAACUUCUGAUGAAUUUUCGAAAAAAGUAUUACCUUUUAAGAGAGUUUUACCAAAAGAAUUAUAUAAGGACUUGGUUAAAUAUUUUUUGAGUCAUAACAAUAAACCAAAUGAUAGGCCAAAAUCUCGCUACGAUGAAUUUCAAGACAUUAAAUUAGAAUCUCAGAUGUCUGAUGAGCUUCAAGAGGAUUUUGUGACUCAAGAGACUAAGAUAACUGAGAUGACUGAAGAUACUGAGAGGAUAGCUAAAUUAGAAUCUGAGAUGACUGAAGUGAUAACUCAAUUAGAAUCUGAGAUGACUGAGGAGGUAGCUCAAUUAGAACCUGUGCCGACCGAGGAGACUACUAGGGAGAUAACUCAAAUGGCUGCAGAGCAUAAAAAGACUAAUCCGGAACGUCGUAUGUCCAAAUCUAAUGAAUCGUUUGGAGGUAUAGAUUCAAAUAUCAUUACAUUUAAGCAUGCUGAAAUAAUCACAAAAUGGAUUGACAAUUUAGAAAUUACUGAUGAAUUAACUUCUUCAUAUGAGUUCAAAUUAUUAAUUAGUGGAUCUCGUGAUGGAUUUUCACCCGAAAAAUUUCACAAAAUCUGUGAUAAUAAAGCUCGCACUCUAACAAUUGUUAAAGUAAAAGGCGGUAAUGAGAUUAUUGGAGGGUAUAAUCCGGUUGUAUGGAAAUCAAAAAGUAGUUAUGGUACUGCUAGUAAUAGUUUUAUAUUCUCUUUUAAAAAUGAUGAUUGUAUUUUAAGUCGUGUGAAGAACGAACGGUCCGCUAUACUUAAUAACUCUUCUUACGGUCCAUCAUUUGGUAACGGUGACCUCGUUUUAUCUGGAAAUAAUUCUUAUAGUGGUUGUUGUAAAAGAGGUUCUUAUGAAAAAUCUAUCAGGGGAACUGGAGAUACAUUUUCUGUAGAAGAUUAUGAAGUAUACCAAAUUUCAGAAGAUUCCUGUUCAAUCUUUUAAUCUUUAAUAUUAACGAACGUAUCAAUUAUAAAGGAAGUGUUGACCGAUUUAUUUAUAAAUUAUCGAUUUUUUUUUCUUAUCAUUACAUAUAUUUCUUCGAUACCCUCAAGUUAGAAAAAUUUAUGAUGCGCUUAUUUAUUUUAAAAAUCUUUUAUUUCUCGCAAUUGUGUAUAUAUUCGUUUUCGAUCACAAAAAGCUGGUUUUAUAGGUUUUAUAUAGUUUACAUAGUUUAACACAUACAGUAUUUUAUCCAUCUAUAAUUAGAUAGUUUGAUAGUUUCAAAUGUUAAAGCAUCAAUAAUUACUUUAUUAUAUACUCCGGAAUAUUCUAAUUGAUAUUGGCAAUAACGUAUCAUCGAUUAUCAUAUCG